UUUCUCUCCCUUUUUUUGUUUUUCUAGACUAUGAUGAAAUACGAAAUGAAAAGUAUGCAAAACAAAUAUUUAGAAGAAAGGGAAAAAGCCUUGCAAGAAGAGAAAGAAUCCAGAGAGAAACUGCUGAAUGACGUUGUGCAGAAUGAGAGACGGAAGUUGAGCCAGAUCAGAGCUGAAGUAGUGUCCGACUGCAAGACGGAGAUGAAAAAUUACAUGGCAGAGCAGCGGCAGCUGGACAAUCAACUGCGCCAACAGCACUACGUAGCUCUGGACCUGUUUCUGGAAAGUGCAAGACAACAGCUCAAGUUGUUGAUGGACAAUGGAAGCCGGACUGAACAUGCACCUCACACCGGCCCCGAUUCCCGUGCUGGCUGCGCUACUUCACCUUUCUCUUCCUCAUCACUCUCACUACCACCACCACUAUCAUCAUCAUCGUCAUCAUCGUCAUCAUCAUCACAAUCAUCAAGCACAACAGGAGCUGCUGCUGCAACACCACUAUCAACAUCGUCCACUGUUGCUACUGCCACUUUAACAACAACAACAACAGCAGCAGCAACAACAACAAGCUCCUCUUCUUCCUCCACCUCAUCACAACAAACCAAGUCUAAUAACGACUCUAGUUAAAUGGAAAACGCUGCAGACUCACGUUGAGGUGUUGCAGUUGUUGAGGAUUGAUGUAACACAUUAACCGAGAGGUUGCACUAGAGACCGGUCAGUCGGCUGCAGUGUUGCUCUUCCAUUUCGUGAAGGUCAUCGGCAAUACCUUGUAACGUUCACGCCCAACAUCAAGUCAGCAGGUGGCAAUUAACGGUUGGUGAACUGUGGCAAUUAACGGUUGGUAUUCUGUGACAAAUAGGAUUUUAAAUUCGUAUCGCAUCAGGGAUUUUUCAUUUUGCUGUGGUGAAAAAAAAAAGAAA